CUCUCUCUCUCUCUCUCUCUCUCUCUCUCUACGCCCGAAGACCCCCCGGCAGCCGGCAGCGCUUUUCCGUCUUCACCGUUCGCGCACUCCCGGCAGCGCAUUCUUUGCCGUUCGCAUAUCUCGAUGGAACUCCGGCAGCGGCGCUUUCAGCAGAAUUAAUUUAGGUAGAUCGUAUACCGGUCAACUUCCUCCCCGUCGAGCAAAAUAUUUUUCUGAGUAAGGUAGCAAUAAUCGAGCCAACGGGCCGAAAACGAGCUAGCUCGAGUAAAUUGCGAGCCGAUCUCGAGCUCGCUCUGAAAUACAUGGAAGGGUUAACGACGGCGGAGGCCGAUCUAACAGUGUACGUGCACCCGUCAAAGUCGAACAAGAUUGCCGAGGCCGUUCGUAAACAGCUCAGCUCUCUCCUCUUCACCUACGAUGAACUCUUCGAUGGCGUACUACUAGCUCAUAAGAUAAGUUUCCGAAGUAAGCAUGCAAAGAUCCUGCCGGGUUUAAUCCCCUACUUCGGAGUGAGAGUGCGAGCGAAACUGCUAAUCUUUUCUCCAAAACCAAACAUGCUUUUAGAAGGAAAGGUCGUCAAGCUGAGCAAGGAAUCCAUUCAUGUCAUCGUACUCGGCUUUUCUUCAGCAGCCAUUAUGUUGGAAGAUAUUCGAGAAGAGUUCAAGUACAAAAUCAAACAUGGUGCUGAAUGUUUUGCGAGUUCAUCUCACAAACGCCACCGGAUCAAAGUCGGAAGCAUGAUACGGUUCGCAGUCAAAAGUGUGGAUGAAGAAAUUGUCCAUAUUUCCGGAUCUUUGAUUCCGCCUCAAACUGGAUGCAUUCGUUGGUUAUCAAACCAUAAACAUAGUGCAGAUGCUGUAUCACAAACCAACAGAAGUCUUAAGAGAUAUAGAGACCGAGACUCCGAGAUGCUUGAUAACGGUGAUCGGUCGCAGAAUUUCAGUCGAUCACUCAAGUUGAGAAAGGGAACCGAGUGACUAGAGUUCGAACAAUUUUUGUUUUUCUACGAGCAGUUUAAAUGAUACCGUUAUGUUCAGUAGUGCAGACAGCUUCAAUGAGUUCUUUUUUCCCUGUGAAGGUAAUAAGAUGUCCUGUUUUGGCAUAGGAUUAACUUAUGCACAUUUUUCCGUCUAUCGUGCUUAUUCUGGCAGAUCCAAUUGUGUAAUUUGUGUGGAACCUCAAGGAAGAGAGUAAUGGGGAGAUAUGAUGCUGCUGAAAAUGGGGCGAACACUUCGCAAGGGUAGUAGAGCUGUGUUGGUUAUUCCCUUAACAAUGCGGCUGUAAACCUAUGAAAUUUUACACGAUCAUGAGAGGUUUGCUAUGUGUUAAAGCCAGAAUCUUUUAGUCUCAUCUGUAUUGCUUGUUUCGCCAUCAUCUCUAGUAGGCUGAUUGUUAAGUUAGGAAACAUCAAUACAUACUUCUUCUGAGACGGAGAAAGAAUAUGAAGACAUGAAGUUUACGCCGUUGCGUACUGCGAGAUUAAUUUUUCUCAUUUUUUGGGCUGAGGGUACAUCUGAUUCAAUGUUGGAAGUACCAAGGAAGCAUAUUUUGUUUCGAAAUUUGUUUCCGGCAAUUCCUGCUAUUGGGACCUUGUAAACUGUGUGAUGGAUAUUUUCGUAUGCAACGUCUGAGUUUCUGCGACAAUGUCGGCUGAUAUCUAUUUUGUUUGUGAACUGUUGAUGAUGAAUUGAUUUGUGUGUAGCUCCUCCA